AUGGAUUUCGCGCCGUACCAGUCCUCGCCGCCCGAGCAUGGCCGAGUAGCCUCUCCCGAGUAUGGCGCAUCCCCGCGCGCCUCUACAGAUGCAAGCAAGAGACCGUUCUCGCCCAUCAAUGCCGCGCGCAGUCCGCCUCCGCUACAACACCCUCAGCCCCAGAGAGCUUGGGGUGGAUUCGAUGGCCAGACGAGCGGUUGGGCUGGGGGGAGCGCUGCACCCGCAGGGAACUCUCUACCUGGUGCAUACCCUGCGGCGGAAGUGAGCGAGUUCGAUACCAGCCUCGGGCUCAGGCUCGACUGCGAAGCCUGUCUGGCGUAUUUGGCGUUUCCGCCAAUUGGCGCCAUUGUGCUUCUUAUACUGGAGAGAAAUAGCGACUAUGUGAGAUUCCACGCCUGGCAAUCUGCGUUACUGUUCACAACUGUCAUGAUAUUCCACCUCCUCUUUUCAUGGUCGAAAUUCUUCAGUUGGCUGUUCUUUCUAGGAGAUCUCGCCCUGAUUGCCUUUCUCUCCCUCAAGGCAUACCGUGAUGCUGAAUCGUUAGAUAGAUUCGAAUUUCCGUUUUUCGGAAAGAUAGCAACGAGGAUACUAGACGAUGAGUAA